CAUACCAUAAAUACGGAUGUGUUCAAUCGAGAAAAUGGAUUUGUUACUAUACAGUUGUGAAUUUUUUAGUUUUGUUUAUAGUAUCUAUUAAAGUUAUCUCUAUAAUCUGUUGAUAGUACAUAGAUAUAUAAAAUAUUAUUAGUAUAUUUUUUAAAAUAUUACUCCGUAAUAUAGGAAAAUAAUUAAAAGUUACGUGUGUAAUCACUCCUAUCGUGAUAAUAAAAUUAGACGAUAAAACGUAAAAAUGAGUUUCUUUACCAAAGUAUUUGGUGGUAAAAAGGAGCCAAUUGCUCCUUCAACGGCUGAGGCAAUUCAAAAAUUACGUGAAACCGAGGAUAUGUUGAUAAAAAAGCAAGAUUUUCUUGAAAGUAAAAUUGAACUUGAAAUUCAAACUGCAAAAAAAAAUGGAACCAAGAACAAGAGAGCGGCUAUCCAAGCUCUUAAAAGAAAAAAACGUUAUGAAAAGCAACUACAACAAAUUGAUGGUACUUUAUCGACGAUUGAAAUGCAAAGAGAAGCUCUAGAAAGUGCUAAUACAAAUACAGCAGUUCUUACUACUAUGAAAGGUGCAGCAGAUUCAUUAAAAGCUGCUCAUCAACACAUGGAUGUUGACCAAGUUCAUGAUAUGAUGGACGAUAUUGCUGAACAACAAGAUGUUGCUCGAGAAAUUUCUGAUGCCAUAUCUAAUCCUGUAGCAUUUGGUCAAGACAUAGAUGAGGAAGAACUUGAAAAAGAAUUAGAAGAACUUGAACAGGAACAACUUGAUAAAGAAUUACUUGGUAUUGAAUCUACAGAUGAAUUGCCAGCAGUACCUGCUACGACUGUUCCAGCUGUUCCAACUGCUCCUGCAAGAACUCGUACAAGUAAUGAUUCAUAUGACAAUAAAAAAGCUAAACCAGAGGAAGAUGAGGAUUUAAAGGAAUUAGAAGCAUGGGCAUCGUAAUUAAAUCGAAUUUCUAAAAAAAAAAAUAUUGCCAAUUAUUAAUCUGUACAUUGAUGAUUUUACAGAGUAAUAGCUUCAACAUUUAAUGUCAAUAUCUUGUACCAAUUAAUUUGAAAUUCCUAAAUAUAGUAUUUUAUUUUUUAUGCACAAUUGUUAGAAAGGAGAAAAAAUCUAUCAAAACCAGUUUGCAAAUAUUGAUUCAUAACUUGUAAUUAUAACAUCGAAGCGGAAUGUACUUCAUUCAAUACCUUAUGGUUUUUUUUUAAGAAGAAGUAAAUAUUUAUGAAUGAAUGAUACAUCCAAUAAUUACUAUAACUAUCUUUCUUAGAAUAAACAGAUUUGUGCUUUAUAUAAAAAUUA